AAUCGUCAGCUGGUGGCGUCCCGAUCGGUGGCACAAAGACCUGCUGGCGGGUGCAGUUGUUUUGCUUUUCUGCCGUACACUGAACUUCCGUUUUUUCGGGACACGGCCAUUAUUGACCAUUUCUUGUUUAUGCAUGACCGUUUUACUUUUGGCCAAAUGAACAGAGUGUUGCGGUGAAGAAAAAAUCAUUAGUCUUCGCGGCGAAUUCUCACCGGAUUCGUGCAACACUUCCUGUCAUUACACCUUACCAGCUAUUUCCUGAUGAGGCACGCGUGCCUCGGACUUCAAGCUGAGUUCCGUCUGCUGUGUGAGGCCUACCUGUUCACCUUCCGCCUUCAGCUUCUGUUGGUCAACGGAAAACACUUCUUUCAGUCGCUAACGGUCCGGUCCGUCUAGUACCAAAGAAAACCGGUUUCGCGAGGGGCCGUGGACGAAGAAGCUGCCAUGUUGUUCGUCAUUGUUUGACUGGCAUCCCGCAGAUAGCACCGCAUCGAAUCGUGGAUUCGCUUGGUGGCGCGUCAUCGUAAUCAAACGCAGCGGAAAUACCCGGGAAAAUCGUUUUCAGCUGGAGCUGGAGCGCACCACAUGUCCUGGACACUAUAUGCCGGCUGCUUUGUUCCCUAGAGACAACCAGUGACGAGGCGUUCUCGUUUGCUUGCGAGCUCUCACGUACUAAUGUAAUAAAGUCAGACUUGAACCUAUUUCUUCGAAGGGGACUGUAGAGUUGUUACCGCGUCAAACCCAAAGUCACAGCAGAACCCUAUUCUCUUGGAGGGGACUAGAUUUAUUGUUGCCUUACUGUUGUGCUCUGGUCAAGUGCUCAUUCGCAGUUGAAUGCCCAGCUUCGACGAAUUCCGUCUAUGAGUAAAUGCUGGAGUGGAAAAUAAAGGUUUCGAUUUACAUAUGCAUUUUUUGACUGCGUGACCGACAAAGACGUUUGCGGAGAGAGAUUGGUCGGCGUUGCGUAGACUGGCUGAACCAAAGUUGAAUACACGCAAGAUGAAUACGUGGAUCAGUAAUGCGACAUGCUCUCAGGAGAUGCCUCCUGUCCUUUACUCCGACGGACACCACACCUACGUCUGCGUUCAGGGGCCAAACGGUCCGGAAUACAUCCAGAGACGACAGGAAUCAACUCCUCUGUUCACGCCCACCUCUGGAUUUUGUGACGGGUUUGCGGUGCCGUCGGGUCAUCUUGGAGCCGGUGCGGCAGGGAAUUUGACUCCGCAAAGCACAUCAUGCUCGACGAGCAGCAUGAGUGACUUCGCGCCGUCGUUGGGUUCGGACAGUGUCGAUGGAGCGGACCACGCUGCUGCAGUCGCUCAGUGUAACCCUGGCAAAAGAAGACUAGACGGCAAUGGCACAGCGUGCAGCGGAUCAAGAGACUGCCAUUCGGAGGAACAUGACACGUGCGAGAGGGCACUCAAGCAUAGCCGGUCAUUCGGACUGACACAUGUGAUGUCUUUCUCGUCGGUAAGUUACGCUUUAAUAAAUGCGAACCUCCAGGCGCAUCUGACUUUAACGGUUGAAACCAGCAUUUUGUCUUCAUGCUUGCACUGGCUGUACAUUGUGUUAAACCCUCUUGUCACACUGUGCCACCGGACGAUACCAAAUCCUCUCACUGCAGAUGUGUGCACAUACUUGCGUUUCUCACUAGUUCAUGGCUGAUGGGAGGACGUAUGACAUGUGCUCCGUGAUGCUUGCUUUCUGCGGAAGAAAUGCCUUCCGGCUCUUCUUGCCUCCUGCGUGGAAGCAACGGCGCCUAUGAAAAUGCUGCGAUUUCUUCUGUUCUUUGCAGGCGUAGUCCAAGAUCGCGUUAUGUGACCUCAUCCUUUUGUCAUUCAAUGCAAGCGAACGAGAAGAUUCCAGAAUGUCGAUGCUCGUUCCAUGUCUCACAUGGGAUACAAUAUAUUCGCUUGUCACGUGAUCAGUAUUGGGUCGCCUUUUUGGUCCCCUUGAGUUUGGCCACAGCAGGAAAAACAGACCUACUUCAGGUGCUUUGUGGCAUGCCGUUUGCGUUCACGGAUGCUGCAUUUCUCUUGGCAUUAGAACUUGACAUUUCACUGUUUCAGGGAUGGGAAAGACUGCUCAUGAGGGUUGGGAAUGGUGGACAUUUUUUCUACGACUGUGUGAUCUGAUGAUUGUUGAUGUAUUCUUGAGGGAAGCAGGUACUGCUCCGCAAGCUGGUAGACUGGCGCAUACUUGUGAUGAAUGUUCGUUUGUAAAGUUAACAUAGGUUGUAACUCAACCCCAGUCAUGCAAGGCAUCCUUGCGAAACCGCGUCGUCUACUUUGGAGUGAUCGCCCUCAAAAAAAAAGUAUAUGCCCGUGCACAGCGCACCAGAUUCUCUCUUUCAUUAAACACUCCAAAUAUAUCAGUUCUGCAUACAUACGAGUGCUCUCCAUGCAUCAAUGACGUUAGACCCAUUGAGCGCGACGGUGUUCCUCGCAGACUCUUCACAGUCUGGUCAAAUCUUGAUGAAAACCUGG